AAGAUGGCAGCAAGCACUGUGGCUCUGCGCUAAUGUAACUAAUUCUUGUAAUUAGCUGAGAAACGCGGCUGAGAAGCCUGUGUCGGCUCCUUCGGGCGUUCAUCAUGACUGUACGAGCCCCUCCUCCAGGUACACUGGGUAAUCUCACCCCAGAUGAACAAGAGAAGCUCCAACAGGCAUGGAUCCAUCUCCUUCGCCUCUGCGGCAGCAAAAGUCUUGAAGGUGUCAGCUUUUCAGAACCAGUGCCAGAUCUCACUCAUGAGCUACGGCAACAAAUGAGCGACAAGUCUCCAGACACUUUCCGCGAAGGUCUCUGGGGUUUCAUAUUAUCCGAGCACCCAGACGCGCUUGUACUUCGAUUCCUACGGGCGCGGAAAUGGGACGUCGAGAAGGCCAUGGUGAUGCUUGUCUCGGCUGUCAACUGGCGUCUGGAGAGGGAUCUAGCCGAGACCAUCAUCCACAAAGGUGAGAGCGUGGGUCUGAAAAAGGCGCCCUCGGCGGACGACCAGGGCUUCAUCUCACAGUACCGCUCAGGAAAGAGUUUUGUUCACUCAGUAGAUAAGGAGAGCCGCCUCGUCUACAUAAUCCGGGUUCGAGAACAUGACCCUAACGCGCAAUCUGGUGACUCCAUGGAGACGUAUAUCCUGCACAAUAUCGAGAGUCUCAAAAUGUUGAUGAAGCCACCAGAUGACAAAUGCUGCCUCAUAUUUGACAUGACUGGCUUUGGGCUGAAGAACAUGGACUUCCAUGUCGUCAAAUUCCUAGUUUCCGUCUUCGAGGCGCGAUAUCCCGAGACUCUCGGCGUGAUACUUAUUCACAAUGCGCCAUUCGUAUUCUGGGGACUAUGGAAUAUGAUCAAAGGAUGGCUGGACCCGGUCAUCGCCAGCAAGAUUAACUUCACGCGUAAGAGCGCAGAUCUACUACAGUUCGUCCCCGCAGAGAACCUGCAGACUAGCUACGGCGGCAAGGAUUCGUUCGAGUACAAAUACAUCGAGCCUGUAGAGGGCGAGAAUGCGAAGUUAGAAGAGGUAGAGAAGAGGGCAGAGAUUCAGCAUGAGCGGAACGAGCUCGUAGACGAGUUCGAGCUGCGGACGAGUGAGUGGGCGUCUCUGGCAGCUGAUACCUCGGCCGAGAAAGAGAAGGCGUCGCGGCGGACUGAAACAGCAGAACAUCUUAGUAAGAAUUACUGGACGCUUGAUCCGUACAUUAGAGCGAGGACAGUCUUCCACCGUCUCGGUAUGGUGGGAUAACUAGGAGCCAGAUAAUGUUGCUCCACUUUGAACGUGCUUUUGUGUAGCGACAUUUGGAAUCAUACGGAUAGGUCAUAGCAAAUGUACUAUUAUAACCUCCUCGAAAGCUUCUCCAUGGGUAUACAAUAACGCGAUGAUUCGGUUGGGACUAUGGGAUGGGCUCUGAUCGAGACCACACGUAGAACAGCAGACUACAACCCGAGGAGCACAACGUACACGAUGGAAUCAAAAUACGAGUUAAAAUGAGGAGACGAAGGUAACUCUGGUCUAUAUCCCGUAAUUUAAACAAAAAAACCACAGAUAUUGAAUCUCAAUGAGUGGCCUGGAUUGUGUGACUCUCCA